GUGUGUGACAGCUCGUUGGGGAAAGCAGGCAUCCCAUCGCAUGGUAACAGAAACUGGAGUAGCAGGGAACAGACAGAACAGAAGGCGGUAUGGACAAGAAAGCGAUAGUAAAAGUAGGGGCAGUGGCAUCUGCCAGUGUAUGUGCCCUCUUUGGUGGCGUGGUCUUAGCCCAGUACAUCUUCACAAAGAAGAAGAAAGCGGGACGGAAAACCAAGAUCAUUGAAAUGAUGCCGGAGUUUCAAAAGAAAACAGUCCACAUCAAGGACCCAGAGAGAGUGGAGGAGAUUAUCUGUGGCCUUAUUAAAGGAGGAGCUGCCAAACUCCAGAUUAUUACAGACUUUGAUAUGACGUUAAGUAAGUUCGCCAACAAUGGAAAACAAUGCCCCACGUGUCACAACAUUAUUGACAAUUGCAAAAUGGUCACAGAAGAAUGCAGAAAGAAGCUGCUGCAACUUAAAGAUACGUACUAUCCCAUCGAAAUCGACCCUAAUCUCACUAUAGAGGAAAAGUUCCCAUUCAUGGUGGAAUGGUAUUUCAAAUCCCACACCUUACUGAUCGAACAGGGUCUACAGAAAGACAAGCUUCCAGAAAUCGUGAGGGAAUCAGAUGCCUGUCUAAGAGAGGGCUACGAGCAUUUCUUCGAUAAGCUCCAGGAGCACAAUGUCCCCAUGUUUAUCUUCUCGGCCGGGCUGGGAGAUGUCCUGGAGGAGAUCAUUCGGCAGGCCGGGGUCUACCACCCGAAUGUCAAGGUGGUCUCAAACUUCAUGGAAUUCGACGAGCACGGCGUGUUGAAAGGUUUCAAAGGAGAACUAAUCCAUGUGUAUAACAAGCAUGAUGGAGCCCUGAAGAAUACUGAAUACUUCAAGCAGUUAAAGGACAACUGUAACAUUAUUCUCCUGGGAGACUCACUUGGUGACCUGAACAUGGCAGAUGGAGUGCCAAAUGUAGAAAACAUUCUCAAGAUCGGCUUUUUAAAUGAUAAGGUUGAGGAACGCUUGGAAAAGUAUUUGGACUCUUACGAUAUUGUUUUGGUGAAGGAUGAAACUUUGGAGGUGCCCAAUUCCAUCCUUCAGAAGAUUCUUUAACAAUUGGCCUGGACAGAAACCCUGGACUGAGCAAAAGCUCCUCGCUGCCUUUUAAAAGACACUUUUGCCCCUUUGAUUUCCUGAAUUCCAAUGCAUACCCCCAAAAACCUUGGAUAUUUUUUAAACAUUGGUGUAUUUAUUGUUCUCAUAAAGCAGAUGACCCUCUUUUA